UCGUGUGUUGAGUCGGGCCCGGGAGCCGCCGCCGGGGCUGGGCGCAGGCAGUGCUGCUGCCGGAGCGGCCGACGGCGGGGAGGGCCGUGCGUGGGCCUCUGGCUCGUCCCCGGCCAGGCUCCCCGCCGCCGGCGCGCCCACCUCGCCCCUCCUGGCGCCCUGCGCUGCGGAGCCCCGGCCGGCGCUCCGGGAGGAGAGGCUCCCGGCCCUACGACGAGGGUCCCGGCGUCGCGCUGGGCUCGGCCGCCACGGGUCCGGGUCUGCAGACGGGGUCCCCUGCCGGUCCCAGCUCUGCGCCGGCCGCUGUGCUUCUGCGCCCGGGUUUCUCCCGGUCGUGGCCUCGUCCCUGUCCUCCAGGGCCUGCUGCCCGCCCUGCUCUUUCUGCGCUUGCCUGCUCCCUCUGACUUGGUUGUGGGAAGACCGGGACGGGCAGUUGGCCAUGUUGGUGCCCGUCGGUCUCCCCCCGUGCGGUCGCAGCCUUGGAGCAGGCGGGAGGCAUUCACGUGGCUUCAGCGCCGGACAGAGCAAAGAGCCGGGGUCCUGGGGCACGGGAGCCUAGGGCCUGCUUCGGGCAGGCUUCUGCCGUCCCCCCAGGCGUGUGUGACUGAAGGAGAAUGGGAGCCCCUGGCGCCAUGUGUUUCUCUCGUGUUGUACUGUGUUUAGGAGGCAGACCGCAGUCAUGGAUAUAGAUGCUGAAAGAGAGAAAAUAACGAAGGAGAUCAAGGAGCUGGAAAGGAUUUUGGAUCCCAGCUCCUCGAGUAUCAACGUGGAGGUCUCAGAAUCCAGUCUGGAUUCAGACUCCGACGCAGAUUCACUGCCCGAUGAGGACUCGGACACUGCUGGUCCCCUGAUCUCGGAAGAAGACAGGGCAGGUGAGGCCAGCAACGAUGAGGACGACCCCAAGGAGAAAGCCCUCCCAGAAGACCCAGAGACGUGUCUGCAGCUGAACAUGGUCUACCAGGAGGUUAUCCAAGAGAAGCUGGCGGAGGUCAGCCUGCUGCUGGCCCAGAACCGGGAGCAGCAGGAAGAAGUCAUGUGGGACCUGGCAGGGUCCAAAGGCCCCAAGGUGAAGGAUGGCAAGAGCCUGCCCCCAAAUCUGUACAUAGGGCACUUCAUGAAGCCCUACUUCAAGGACAGGGUCACUGGAGUGGGGCCUCCUGCCAAUGAAGACACGCGGGAGAAGGCUGCGCAGGGCAUCAAGGCUUUCGAGGAGCUCCUGGUGACCAAAUGGAAAAGCUGGGAGAAGACCUUGCUGCGGAAGUCAGUGGUGAGCGACCGCCUGCAGCGCUUGCUUCAGCCCAAGUUACUGAAGCUUGAGUACCUGCAGCAGAAGCAGAGCAGGGUCACGAGUGAGGCCGAGAGGCAGGUCCUGGAGACGCAGAGCAGGGAGGCGGAGAGCGAGGUCCAGGCUAUCAACCAGCUCCCAGAGGAGGCCUUGCUGGGGAGCAGGCUGGACAGCCACGACUGGGAGAAGAUUUCCAACGUUAAUUUUGAAGGAGGCCGCAGUGCGGAGGAGAUCCGCAAGUUCUGGCAGAACUCUGAGCACCCGAGCAUCAACAAGCAGGAAUGGAGUGGACAGGAAGUCGACCAGCUGAAGGCCAUCGCUGCCAAGCAUGGCCACCUGGAGUGGCAGAAGAUCGCCGAGGAGCUGGGGACCAGCCGCAGCGCCUUCCAGUGCCUGCAGAAGUACCAGCAGCACAACAAGGCCCUGAAGCGCAAGGAGUGGACGGAGCAGGAGGACCGCAUGCUCACCCAGCUCGUCCAGGAGAUGCGCGUCGGCAGCCACAUCCCCUACCGGAGAAUUGUCUACUACAUGGAGGGGAGAGACUCCAUGCAGCUCAUCUAUCGGUGGACCAAGAGCUUGGAUCCCAGCCUGAAAAAGGGGUUCUGGGCCCCAGAGGAAGAUGCGAAGUUGCUUCAAGCAGUUGCCAAAUACGGGGAGCAGGAUUGGUUUAAAAUUCGGGAAGAGGUGCCAGGUAGGAGCGAUGCCCAGUGCCGAGAUCGAUAUCUCCGAAGGCUGCAUUUCAGCUUGAAGAAGGGGCGAUGGAAUUCAAAGGAAGAGGAAAAGUUAAUGGAAUUAAUAGAAAAGUACGGUGUGGGUCACUGGGCAAAAAUAGCUUCUGAACUACCCCAUCGGUCAGGCUCCCAGUGUCUAAGCAAGUGGAAAGUCAUGGUCAGGAAGAAGCAGAGUCGGGGGAGGAGGCGGCGGCGGCCCCCUCGCAGCGUGCGGUGGAGUUCCAGCAGCGAGGACAGCAGCAGUGGGGACAGGAGCAGGCGGGGCAGCAGCAGCAGCAGCAGCAGCAGCAGCAGCAGCGAAAGCAGCGAGGACUCAGAGCCAGGGCCAGAGGAAGCCCAGGAGGGUGGCCAGGCACUGCCCUCGGCACAGCACGCUGUGCCGGACAUGGACUUGUGGGUUCCUGCCAGGCAGAGCACCAGCGAGCUGUGGGGAAGGGGGGCAGGGGGCUGGCCAGGAUGCUCCGCUGCUUCCCCCAGCCCUCCCAAGGGCUCCAGCGCUGCCCAGGGUGGUCACCGGGAAGCUUGCACCACAGAGGAGGCGGGCCAGGCGCAGGCCCCCACCAGGGCGCAUAGCACCAGCCUGACAGGCAGCGAGUACACCCGCUCAGUGGACACUCACCCCGAGAGCUCAGAGGGGCCGGCAGACGAGAGUGGGAAGCGUCUGCUGAAGGUGCCCUUGGAGACUGUGCUGCAGGUGCUGAAGACCAACACGGCCACCCGGUGCCGGACCCUGAAGGAGAAGCUGAGGCAGCCGCACCUGCUGUGCUCACCCCUGGGGGAAUGCCCCAGUGGCAGUGGCGUGUCCGGGCCCCGUGUGCGGCAGCUGUGGCACGGUUCUGCCAGGAGCAGGCAGCGGCGCCGAGGACCCACCCUGCAGAGGAGACUUCUUGAGCGCCAGCUUCUGAUGGCUGUGAGCUCGUGGGUGGGCGACGUUGUCUUGCCUUGCACUUCCCGGAGGCCCACCGUGGUGCAAACUCAAGCCGACCGCAUCAGGAAGCAGCUGCAGGAGGCCCACCUGGCGAGCACCCCAGCGUUCACCCUCUUUCUUCAGCUGUUCCAGAUUGACACUGCCGGAUGCAUGGAGGUCGUUCGAGAGAGGAAGGCUCAGCCACCCACCCUGCUCCAGGCUGGCACUCGGGACCCGCUGACGCGGCCUUUGCAGGUGCUCUCAAGCGCCCGGAACACCCCAGGCUGCCUCUUCCAGAAAGCACCAGUUCGAGAAGUUGCCAAGAAGAGCACCAUCCACAGAGAGAGAGAGGGGCUGCAGGCCCCCCGCAACGAGUCCACACCACAGGCACCCCCACCAGCACCCUGCGGCCCCCGGCCCAAGCCCAAGACGGUGUCCGAGCUGCUUCGGGAGAAGCGGCUGCGGGAGGCCCGAGCCAGGACAGCCGCCAAGGGCCCUGUGGUCGUCCCGCCCCCGCUGCUGGGCUCUUCGCCUGUGACCCUCCAGCUCCGUCUACCACUGGUCCCCCAAGGCCCCCCAGCCUCAGGUCCAGCCGUCUCAAAUGCAGCUCUCUGUGGGCCUGGGGCCCCUGCAACAGCCAGUGCAAGUACUCCAGGCUCCUGGGCCUCAGCCAAGGACGAGAGACCCUACACCCUGCAGGCCUUGGCCCUGGCUGUGAAGGCCCCAGCUGCCCCUGUUGCUUCCAGGGCCCCAGUUCUGGGCCCUGGCCAGGUCCCUGGGGGCUGCCCUCUGAGCAGUUUCGGACAGUCUCAGGCACCUGCCACGUCCCGGAAGCAGGGCCUGCCCGAGGCACCACCCUUUCUCCCUGCAGCUCCCAGCCCUACUCAGCUGCCCAUCCAGCCCCUCAGCCUGAUGCCAGCUCUGGGCACGUGCAGGACUGGGCCACACGUGGCAGUCAGCAGCCCUCUGCCCGUCACCUGGGUGAUCACAGCCCAAGGCCUCCUCCCUGUGCCUAUGCCAGCGGUAGUGGGCCUUCCCCAGCCAAGAGGGACCCCUGACCCCAAAGGGCUGUCAGUGACUCUGCCACCCUCCGUGACUGAGACUCAGGCGGGCCAGGGCCCCAGGCUCCCUGGGUUGAGCCACCCUUGGCAGCCCCCAGCCAACAGGGACACAGAGUCAGACCCUCCAUCCAAGUUAGACUUCUCCACCUUUCCCACAUCGCCCCGAUCCCAAAGCCCUGCAGAAGUGGACAGCAACGUGGCCCAUGCUCCUGGGGGCCUCUCCUCCCCUGAAGAGGCCCAAGUGGCCGGAGAGACAACUGCACCCAGGACAUCCUCCCAGGCCACACUCCGGGCUGACCACCCUGAAGCAGAGCCUCCCCAAUCCAGCCAGCUGCCUUCACAAGGUGGCACUGGCCCAGGGGGGACACCAGGGCCUCCCUCAGAACCAGGGGAGCCCCGGGGGCCUCUGGGCCUGGAGAGGCUGCCCGCAUCCCAGCCUGGGCCUGAGAAGGGCGCCCUGGGCCUGGAGAGGCUGCCCGCAUCCCAGCCUGGGCCUGAGAAGGGCGCCCUGGGCCUGGAGAGGCUGCCCGCAUCCCAGCCUGGGCCUGAGAAGGGUGCCUUGGGCCUGAGUCUCCUCUCUCAGGAGAGUGAGGCAGCCGUGCGCGAGUGGCUGCGGGGGCAGCGAGGGGUGUGUGUGCCCGCCCUGGGGAGAAGGCUGGCCUAUCAGCCCCCAACCCUGUGCAGCCUGCGGACACUGUCUGGCCUCCUGCUCCAGAAGAAGGCCUUGGAACGCAGAGCCGCCUCCCUUGUUCCUGGUGGGGUGGCCGGAGCCCUGCAUGCCUCGCGGGGGCUGGUGCACAGGCGGCUCCAGGACAGCCCGGCCUACCUGCUGCUGAAGGCGCGCUUCUUGGCGGCCUUCACCCUCCCCGCACUGUUGGCCACCCUACCCCCCGAUGGCGUCCCCACCACCCUGUCGACCACCACGAGGGCCGACUCUGAGAGUGAGAAUGACAGCCUAGGGGAGCUGGAGCUCGCUGAUGGUGGCAGGCAGCUGGGCUCCUCAGUCAGCAGUCCCCAGGCCGAACCAGCGGCCACAGCCUCUGUUGAGGGAACUGCAGACUCUGACAAGGGCUGUGCCCCCUGCUGCCUGGAUAGUCUUGACGACCUCGAUGUGCUCAGAACCCGGCAUGCCCGGCACGCCCGGAAGCGGAGGAGGCUGGUGUGAGCAGCAGGGACUGCCCGGAGCCCAGACACCCAUGGCUCCUGCUGACAGGAAGUGGGACCCACGCCGGGCCCUGGCAAACCUGCCAGCGACCCCUCAGGAGGAAGCAGCGGGAAGUCGGGGGAGGCUCUGCCAUGUGUGACCGCGGCAUCACAGGGGCUCGCUGGUGCCCAAGUGCAGACCGAAAUACCUGAAGAAAUAAAGUAAACGUCCUGUUUUUUAAUUAAA